GUUUGGUUCUUUUUCGUAACAGAAGACAUGUGCGUAUUGGGUCUGAUGAUUGGUUCCAGAUAGUCACCCCAAGGCAAAGGAUUCAACUGUAAAGAUGUCCUUAUCCAUUUCUUCCACAAUGUUGCAGAUUUCAGUGAAACAACUGGUUACACUAUGUAGCAGAAGGUUGUUGGAGAGAAAUCUUGGCCUGGUAACAACUUCAAAAACCAGGUGUCAGCAAUGUUCUUCAAAUGCCUCCAACGAUAGAAAUCGUAAAAAGCUAUACUCCAUUUCUAGAGCAAUAGCUCAAAGGGCCGAUGGCAUUUUUGAUGUUCCUAUUAUUAUGCGACACAUUGGUGACAAGAUAAUACAAGAUGAAAAUUAUGACAACCUAAUCCCAGAAUUGUCAGAGGAAGAAAUGAUAUAUAUGGAAAGACUUGAUGAAUGUGAAUCGAUAGGUGAAGUCUUACAUUUGUUAGAUAUUCAACCUGAUACACUGACCAGUCAUGCAGCAGCUCUGUCCCUGAUUAAACUGAAAGUCUUGGAGAAACAGAGGAGGGACAAGCAGAAAAAGCCAGGGAAGUCUUUUGUGAGCAAAGUAAUCAUGCGGCAGCUUUUUGGGAUUGCACAACGAAACAUUGACACACUGAGUGAUGAAAAUUUAGUUGAACUUGCUAGACAGUUCCUGGAGGAGAAUGAGCCUGAAUCAGAUAUCAAAGAAUUCAUAUUAAAUCUUAUACAGAAGAAGAUGGAGGAUGAUACACUGGGUAAAUAUGCAGUAUUUAGUCUGACUGAGUUACUGCAAGAUGCGAAAUACACAGAUAUUCUGCAAGACAUCUGGCUACAUGUCACUAGCAGAUACACAGAACUAGACAUGGAUGACCUAUUAAAAUACCUGGAUCAUGUGCCAGCCAACAUGGAUAUCACUGACAAGCUAUUGGAAAUAAUUGAGAAUCAUUUGGUACGAUCUGGAUGGCAGCUUGGCAGUAGGGGUAUUGGCAAGAUCUCUGCAAGUUUGUCACGUCUCCAAUGUCAGAAUGACACAUUAGCAUCUAACAUCGCCAAGUGGACUUUGCACCACAUCCAUGAAAUAAAGACAGAAGACUUGAUGAAUGUUCUUAUCUAUUUCCAAGAGACCAAGAAACACAAUGUUGACUUAAUCUACGCCCUUGAAAAAUACAUUUUCAGUAAAGGAACGCAAGUGAAAAAUGAACUACUGGGUCAAACCAUGGAAUACUUCUGCAGGAUUCGAUACCUUAGUCCAGUAAUUAUGGAUUCUGCUGCAGCACAUUUUCUGGAAUGUGGACAAACUUAUUCUGCGACUGACCUGUACCAGAUUUUGAAACCAUAUGGUUUCUUUGGAUAUGAGCCAAGAAAACAAAUGGCAUUUUUCCAAGCUGCCGAUAAAUAUGUACCGAAAGAAUUUGACAAUUUUGAAGGUGUUGAUGUUUACAAACUGAUGUGUUCAUUCUUAUGGCUAGACAGACAUUCAGCUGUUCUUAGAAGUCUUGCUAGAAAAAAGUCCUGGUCAACUGAACCAUUUGACAGAUCAGAUGUAUUUUGGUAUCGACGAGCUUUAGCCACCAACAGUUCCCAGACAGAUUUCUCGGUCCUGAUGCAUGUACGUGGCAUCAAAGUGGAAAACAGAACUGAAAAUCAAAGAAACUACACGACGUUUCAGAUUGCAAAGGAGGCAUUGUCAUCUCUGUUGAAAUAUCCUGUCAUUAGCAGUGUGAAAUUCAAGGCAUUUCUAAUAGAUUUCAUGUUGAUCGUGGACGAGAACAGAAAUGAAGUUUCCUGGAAGAUUUACAAAUCACAGUCCAAGUUACCUGAAACUUACAAUGUGAUCUUCAUCAAGUUGCAGUUUCCAGAGCAUGUCUGUGUCAACACGGGCGAGCUCCUCGGCGAGUAUGCAAUGGCCAAGAAUUAUUUUGCCAAGUGCAACAUUCCUUACAUCACGAUGUCUCCUUUGAAGGCAGGUAUACCACAGACUAGUGUUGAGAUACUCCAAAUGCACUUCCAUUACAAGUUACAUAAACUUGUCAACUUCAAGUUCAAUCCUUUCAACGGAGUUGGUAACAAGAGACUUCUCGAGCUUUGGGAGUCGUCUACGAAUCAGGAACCACCAGUAUAACUUUGUCAGGCUGGGAUUGGAUUGACUUCAGAUAAUCCAGAUGGCAUUAGUGUGACCUUUUCAGGCCUGGAAUGACUGGAGUCAGAGGUCACCUAUCUGACCUUGCCCGGCCAUGAACGUCAUCAUCAGAGGUCACCAGCAUGAUCUUGUCAGACCAAGCCAUGAACUUCAUCAUCAGUGGUCACCAGCAUGAUCUUGUCAGACCAAGCCAUGAACUUCAUCAGUCAGAGGCCUAGGUCGCCAGUGUGACCUUGUCAGACCAGGAACGUAUAAACAUGGGUCAGAGGUCACCAGUCAGACCUUGUCAGACCAGGAACUUGAUCAGUAAGGGGUUAUCAAUCUGACCUUGUCAGGCCAGGAACAACAUCAAUAAGGGUUACCAGUCUGAUCUUGUCAGACCAGGAACUACAUCAGUGAGGGAUUACUAGUCUGACCUUUUCAGGCCAGGAAUAACAUAAGUAAGGGUUACCAAUCUGACCUUGUCGGGCCAGGAACUAUAUCAGUAAGGGAUUACCAGUCUGACCUUGUCAUGAUAGGCAAUGGACUUUAUCAGUCAGCGUUUUCCAGUUUGACCUUGUAUUUGAUGGGCCAAGAACUACAUCAGACAAUCCAUAAAAAAAUUUCGACAAAAUAAUGAUUAUUACUACGUUGUUAUUCUAAAGUUCAAUAAUAAGAAACAGUAUCUGGAUUAAGACAUGGACGUUUUUAGGUGAGAUGGUCAUUCAGUGCUUUUAUGGAGUAAUUUCAUUUUUUUAGCACAUUCUACGUCUU